UUCGCCGACGAUCCUCAUGCGGGGAGUUCCAGAUUAAAGGCGAUGUCUGCUGCUGUCUGGCUAAAGAGGUGGGCUUCUCAUUUACGUUGCCUCAAUUUCGAGAUCCUGCUGGGAACGCGCAGUCCAUGAGGUAGUCGUACUGCUAUCCUCGGUCAAAGAAGGCUCAGGCAGUUUCUCUACAUGGCGGAGUCUUUCAGACGUUUCAUUGUCCUCCUGGCUAUCUCGACCUUGCUGCAUCAAUCUGUGGCGCAAAAUGUCUCACUGACGGUCGAUCCCAAUGCCUUGGAUCCUUUGCAGACAUGUAACCGAGGCUAUGGACGAAUGGUCACUGUUGACAACAAAGUCUAUAUCUACGGGGGAGUAAGCAUCAUUUCGAACGGCACAACCAAUACCUUGUGGAUACUCAACCGCUACCUCCGCACUGUGGACUUCUCGACCACGCGCGAUUUGUCCGAUCCUUCUCUGAUCACCGCCGAGCCUCUUCCCGAUUUUGUGCCUACUUUUGAUGAGGGUGCCUUCUGGGAAGAUGGUCGGAAGCUCUACGUCGUGGCUGGUCUGCAGGGGUGCUGGUAUCACCUCACGGAGCAGGGGUCGUUCGUGGACUCGGAUUGGAGCCUUGCGGACCUGUCGGGGCAAAGCAUCUACUAUUAUGAUGUCGACUCGGGCCAGUGGUCCGUGGAUACUGCACUGCAGAACUAUUCGCAGACCGGUCUCCCGAUGGACGGGCCCUUCUCGUGGAACUAUUUCGGUUGGAACUCACGCCUCGCAACAGGCUACGUCCACAACGGCAUCAGGGCCGCCGGACACGCGCGCUUGGACCCCAACACCGAGGUCUACAUUCUCGACCCCGGAGUUCCUCAAAUCGGGGAAAAGUUCAUCGCGUCCUUCAGCACCAGUGACUGGACUUGGACCAACAAGACCAUCUCGUCGGAGCUUGUAGAGCCGUGGAGUGAACGUGGCAACUUGGUGUUUCUCCCGGGAACUGAGUCCAACACCAGUGGACUGGCCGUCGCACUGGGGGGUGACACAAGACCUGAGACCCAAUAUUUGAGCUUGAGACGCGUACUAAUGUACGACACGGGGGCAGACGAGUGGUUUGAGCAAGACACCACCGCCGAAGGGGGAACAUAUCCCGCGCCACGCGCCUCCUUCUGUGCUGUCGCCAUGACCGCGGCGGACGGCAGCAGCCACAAUAUCUACGUAUAUGGUGGACUACAAGCAACUGGCGACAUCCCGCUUGGCGAUGUCUGGAUCCUCACGCUUCCUGCCUUCCAUUGGAUUCCCGUCAGCACGAGCUCGGUCCCCCGGUCUGGGUCUGCCUGUGCCGUGGUGGCAGACAGGUAUCUGGUCACAUAUGGUGGCCUGGAAAAGUCGGUCUCAUGGCCGGUGCCGGCCAGAUACGACUGGCCCUGCGAUCAAGCGCAGUCCGGCCUUCGGCUCUUCGACCUUAUACACCUAGAUUGGACGUCGACCUAUGAGGCACCGCCUCAGCAGUCCUCGGGGGCACCCAAAUCGUCAACGACGUCGAAUUUAUAUGCCAUCCCCAGCCAGGUGUACGGCAUCAUCGGCGGGGGUGCGGGUGGCGGCGCAACCGUGACCGCACCCAGUGCGGGAUUUGGGACGAACACUGCCCUCGCCUCGAUAUUUGCCAACGCCGUCCAAGUGUCAGGCUCUUCCAGCAGCACGGCCUCCGCUGUUACUCCGUCCGGCGGCGGCAGCAGCGGCACAGCUUCCGUGACCGCUUCGGCCACCAGCGCCGGCAGCACCGCCGGGUCACAUUCAAGCCACUCCCACGCCGGGGCUAUUGCCGGUAGUGUGGUGGGCGGUGUCGCCGGCCUUGUGAUCAUCCUUGUUGCCGGCCUAUGGUUCCUCCGUCGGAGAAGAAGGAAGACUGGCACUCUUGACACCCAUGAGGUGAGCAAGGGUCCCCAUGAGGCUGACGGUAUCAGCUUGCGGAAGGUCGAUAGUACGGGCAAAUACGAGGUUGACGGGAACGCGAGGCACGAAGCUGAUGGAAGUGAAAGACAUGAAUUCGAUGCGAGUGAAAGGCACGAAGCCGAUGGAGCUGAAAGGUACGAAGCUGAUGGUAUGGAGACAGCGAGACUGGCGGGUCCUCUUACUCAUGAGCUCGAGGCGCCUCUCAGAUAA